UGCAGGUAUGAUGGUCACAACACUCAGUACCCGCCAAGUUUUGGAAGUGUUGAGCUUGGCGGACCUCCGUCUGAACUGUAUGUUUCCUGCAGCACAACCUGACGUUGACCUUAAGCACAGGUGCACCUGUCCACAAUUUUAAAUACUAAAGAGACAACAUGGUUCGAACCUCCCAGAAACCUAAGAAAAUAGUAACCUCAACACCAGUAAAAGGUUCAAGUGAAAAAUUAGCAUCGUCAGCAGGAUUCACCCCAUCUGGAAAACGUAGGAGGUCCAGUGGCUUCUAUAAGAAAGGUAAAAGCUCAAAGAGCCCAGAUGAAAAGAAGAGAAAGCACAGAUUCCGACCUGGAACAGUUGCCUUGCAGGAAAUUCGCCAUUAUCAGAAGAGAACAGAGCUCUUGGUGCCCAAAUUGCCCUUUUCUCGUGUUGUCCGUGAGAUCCUCAGUGAGCAAGGAAGAGAAUUAAGAUUCCAGACUUUAGCUCUAAUGGCACUUCAAGAAGCAGCCGAAAGUUACAUUGUAGCCAUUUUUGAAAUGGCCAACUUGUGUUCCAUCCAUGCCAGAAGAGUAACUGUGUAUCCUCGUGAUAUCAAGCUAGUUCGACGUAUUCGAGGAGAAAUGUUUUAGGUAACUUUCUGUACAGGAGUGAGUUGCAAUGUAUCUUUGUUAAUAUUUGCUAAAUGUUCAGGGCUUAGCAAAUAAUCUGACCAUCAAAUGUCACAUUAUACAUUAAAAAUUCUUAACUUGCUCAUAAGUGAUGUGCAUUAGUUGGGCUCAUACAAGUGAACGUUGAUAAAAUUGUCAGUGAUACGGAUCUGUCUCAAUGAUGAGGCUGCUAUCCAAGUGUAUAGACUAGGUAAAAAAUAGAGUAUUUGGAAGAUUUGAGGACGCACUACGAGCUGGGUGGUUUAUGAAAAGAAUAGAACCAUUUAACUGUAAAAAAAAAAAAAUCUUCAUGGUAGUGCUUUCUUUGAAAGAAGUCAACUAAUGCACAGUAUUUCAGAAUUUUAAUGGGUGUAUUCAUUGUAUUAAUUUAAUGUACAUUCAUUUCAAUAUUACUGUACUUUUAUUGCAAGCUUAAAAUUGCUUGAGCUAAUUUUCUUGCAUUAUGAUGAAAUUCAAUGUAUGUACAGUGCUGGAAUUUAAUAUUUUUUUUUUUGACGCAGUGGCCGUCUCUCACUGCGGCAGGGUGACCUACAAAUAAAAAAAUGUUUUACUUUUUACACGUAGCACCAGAUGAGCCUGGCCACAGAUUUUAAAUGAAUAAAGUACAUUAUAAUUCUUGAAAGCUUGUAUAGGGUUACACAAGUAUUGUACAUGUAUGUAAGUGCAUAUACACUUGCAUGCAUUUUUUUUACAGACUGUAUACAUACACCUGGGCCUGGUGAUAUUCAUGUUGGUAUGCUACAACAUCUGCAUUUUAUGGCCCUUACAGUCCUUUUGCAUCUUUUCAAUCUUAUUUGGGCACUAGGGGUUCUCCCUCAACAAUGGAUAUCUGCCAUUGUACUGCUGUUUCGCAAACCAGGCACCUCGGGGCUUGAUAUCUCUCAUGAUUGUCCCAUUGCCCUGACCAGUGUAGUCUGCAAGGUGAUGGAACAAUUGGUGAAUAGACGUCUGGUAUGGUUCUUGGAGACUCGUAAUAGUCUUUCCCCUCACCAAUAUGGCUUUCGCAAAGGCCGCUCUACUUUGGGCCUCCCUUGUUCCACUUAGAUACUUAUGUGUGAAAUGCCUUUGCUAACAAACAUUCCAUCCUAGUGGUCUUUUUUGAUCUUGAGAAGGCAUAUGAUACCACUUGGAGGUAUAACAUUUUAGACCAAGCCCACUCCUAAGGCCUCCAUGGUAAUCUACCAGCUUUCCUUACUGCUUUCUUAUCUGACAGACAUUUUUUGUAUGUGUUGGCACCUCACUUUCCUCAGACUUUGUUCAGGCCGAGGGUGCUCCACAAGGUUGUCCUUAGGACGGUCUUUUUUCUCUUGGCUAUAAAUGACCUACCUUCUGUUCUUCCAUCACAUCAGUGGUCCCUCUUUUUUCGUAGUUAAUCGUUCCUGGAGUUGCUACUAUUAUCGAAAUCUAUGAUUUUCGAAUCAAUUUUCCCCAUAAGAAAUAAUGUAAAUACAAUUAAUCCGUUCCUGACACCCAGAAGUAUUAAAACAAAAAAAUUUUUUACAUGAAAUAUAGAUGUAGUACAUAAACAAUACAAUGGGAAAUGAUGAAUGAAACAUUAACAGCAUAACACUUACCUUUAUUGGAGAUUCUUCUUAGUGUAUGGGAGACUGGAGGAGGAGAGAGAUUGGAUUGUUUACAGUUUGGAAGGGGAAUCCCCUUCCAGCAACACCUCAGGUACCAAUUGCUUUUCUAGGGUUGCUUCUCUUCUCUGUUUCUUAAUGCCACUAGGACCACCUUGAGAGUCACUGGAGUCCUGUCUCGCAAAAUAACUGUGGAGAGAGCUCUGUUCCUGGCAUCUUUUUAACACUUCCCUAAAAUGGCCCAAGACUGUCACUGUACAUGUUGCCAACAUGGCAACAUGUACAAAUAAUCGAAGUCAUAAGAGUAUCUCCUGCUAAUUGUUUCUCGUUUAUCCACACCAAUAAUAACUUCUCAACAUCUUUGAGUACUGGUGAUCUCAUUUUUGUCAGCAUAGUUACCCCCUUUGCAACAACAGCGUCCUUGAUUUCCUUUUUCUUGGCCACUAUGGAACAUAUGGUUGUGUAGGGUUUCUUAUACAUCCUGGCCAGUUCGGCCGCACUUGUGCCACUUUCAUAUUGUUCAAUGAUGUUUUUCUUAAAUUAAAUCUUAUUUCUCACCUUCUUUACCACAGGCUUGGCACUAGGAGCUUUCUUUGGAGCCAUGGUAGCUUAUUUAGUACUUGCAAGCACUAAAAUGAGUGGAAUAUUACGAAAUAUUUCGUAGGAGCAUGUGACGGGACCUUCGCUCACUGGUAAACAAUGCCAGACUGGCUGGGUAGGGAGGCCGCCCCGGCUCACACCGUGCGUACGUGUCCCGGACGAACUACUAUUCGCGAGUCAACCUACGAUUAGCGAGCCCAUGUUUAUACGAAAAUAUCCCUGUGAUUUCCGAAAUCUAUGAUUCCCGAGAACUACGAAAAACGAGGGACCACUGUAUUUGGUCAUCACUUUGUGGAUGGCUUCAUUAUAGCUUACGCAGGCACUGACUGUUGCCUGGUAGUGGCUUCCCUUCAGGAUGCGAUUGACCAAGUUUCCCAUUGGGCCAUUUCUCAUGGAUUUAAAUUUUCUAGUAUGAAAAUCCAUUUCAUUACCUUCACUAGACGUCCUCUUGUCCCAGAUACUCCAUUAUAUUUACAUGGCUUACGUAUUCCUGAACAUGACAUGGUCAGGUUUCUAGGCCUUCUCUUCGAUUGCCUGUUGACUUGGAAACCUCACAUUUCCUCUUUGAAGGCAGCUUGCCAUGGUUGGCUGAAUCUCCUUAAAAUUCUUGCACAACGUUCAUGGGGAGCAGAUCGUCGGACUCCUCCAUUUGCCUUCCGCCCAAGUCUUGUCCAAGCUGGAUUAUGGUGACCAAGUCUGUUCUGCAGCUUCUCCUACCGCUCUUUCUAGGUUAGAUCCCCUUCACCAUCAGGGCCUACGUUUAUGCCUUGGUGCCUUUCGUUCAUCCCCUGUUGAAAGCCUCUAUGCUGAGGUGAAUGUUCCUUCCUUAGUUGAUUGCCGUGAUGCUCAUUGCCUUUGUUACUUUGUCUGCUCUCGUGACCUUCGUGUUCUGUCUACGUAUAGGUUGGUCUCAGACACUAGUAAAAGCCCGUUAUUUGUUCGAUGCCCCUGCUUACUCCGACCGUUUUCUCUUCGUCUUUACUCACUAUGGUCUUCUCUCCACUUGCCUCUCCUGUAUGUUCAUUUAGUGUCUGCCCUUUCCCUUCCCCCUUGGGAGGUUCCGACAGUUCGUGUCUGUUCUCCCUUACUGUUCUGCGCCAAAGCUCCCCUGCGUAUGACUGCUUCCUGCUCUGUUUUUUGAUCACUUCCAAUUGCAUGCUUAUGCUGUUGCUGUUUAUACAGAUGGUUCUAAAUCUUCUGAUGGUGUUGGGUUCGCAGCGGUGUUCCCUGACGAUAUUGUCAGAGGACAUUUACUCUGCUGGUAUUUUUACUGCCGAGUUCUAUGCCAUCCUCGUAGCGCUUCUCCAUAUUACAUAUGUCUCUUUCAAUGUUUGUGAUCAUUUCAGAUUCCCUCAGUGCCUAACAAACCAUUAAACAAUUGGAUUCCCUUCAUCCAUUAGUCCUUCGUAUUCAACUGUGGUUGCGCUGUGGGGCUAGCAAAAACAAGGACAUCGUUUUCUUUUGGGUCCCUGGACACAUUGAUUUGCAGGUCAGUGAGCAAGCAAAUGCUGGUGUGCGGUCAGUGGUGCACGAUCUUCUGGUUUCCGUUCAGAGAUUAUUUUCUGGUCGUCUUGGCCUGUCUUCGCGGCCGUUGGUAACAACGGUGGUUGGCCAUGCACCAUAACAAUUUGCACUCUGUUAAACCGCUUUUAGGUUUGUGCCCAGCUUCUUACCACAGUUGCCAUACUCAAGAGACUGCACUCUCUCGUCUCCGCAUUGGCCAUACUUGCCUUACCCAUGGAUAUCUCAUGGAAUGUCACCCUAUUCCUCUCUGUGAGGUUUGUCGAGUCCCUAUUUCGGUUCUUGUAGAUUGCCUGGUUUCCAGCAAGCUCACAGGAUUUGCUUUCAAUGCCACCAUCGCCCUACCACUCUUAACUUAUUUUUCCUUCUUGCAGACGACCCUACCUUUGACCUACAAUCACUUUUUGACUUUGCCAGCAACUGCUGUACUGUAUGAACUUUGACAUAUAACACUUUGCGUCCCCUCCAGCCCUUUUCUCUCCUCACCUCUGAUCCCCUUUCCACCUAGCUGUUUAUAUCCCCAGCACUGUUUUCUGCCCUGCAGUACUGUAUGACCCUUGUCGGUUUAAUGCUUUCUCUGAUUAUAAUAAUAAUAAUAAUGUAUAUGUACAUGGCGUUGAAAAUUCUGGAAGAAGUUGUUUGAGAAGAAUGGAUUAAAGACUUGGAAAGCAAAAACCUACUCUGAAACACCUUGGUUACAGAUUGGCAAGAUCUUGUACAGUGAAUCAAAAUUAGAGUUCUGGCUACUAUCUAUUUAUAUUUUUAAAAUGAAAAAAUACCAUGGCAAAUUAAAAAAAAAAAAAAAAAAGUUGGUACUUCGCAAAGGUGUUGCCCUUUCCUAUAUUGCAGUGCUAUUAAUUUUAUUUGUAUACUAGAUGUACACCAUU